UUCACAUUAUAUGCAGAUACACUAUAUUGCCAAAAGUAUUGGGACACCCCUCCAAAUCAUUGGAUUCAGAUGUUCCAAUCACCUCCAUGGCUACGGGUGUAUAAAAUCAAGCACCUAAGCAUGCAGACUGCUUCUAUAAACAUUUGUGACCGAAUGGGUCGCUCUCAGGAUCUCAGUGAAUUCAAGCGUGGUACCAUGACAGGUUACUACCUGUUCAAUAAGUCCAUCCGUGAACUUUCCUUGCUACUAAAUAUUCCACUGUCAACUGUUAGUGGUAUAACAAGUGGAAGCAACUGGGAACAACAGCAACUCAGCUGCUGCCACUGGACUCUAGAGCAGUGGAGACAUGUUCUCUGGAGUGAGGAAUCAUGCUUCUCUGUCUGGCAAUCCGAUAGACGUGUCUGAGUUUGGCGGUUGCCAGGAGAGCGGUACUGGCCUGACUGUAUUGUGCCUAGUUU